AUGGCUGACUUUACCCAACUAGGCAAGAAUGAGGUGUUCUUAGCCUUUACAACCUAUGCAACAAUUGUUCUUUUAAAGAUGAUGUUUAUGAGUUCUGCAACUGCAUUUUUCAGGGUGACCAAAAAGGUUUUUAUCAAUCCAGAAGACUGUGCACACUUAGGCAAAGGAGAAAAUGCCAAGAAAUAUCUUCGGACAGAUGACUCAGUGGAACGGGUGCGAAGAGCCCAUCUGAAUGAUCUUGAGAACAUUGUGCCAUUUCUCGGCAUUGGCCUCCUGUAUGCACUGAGUGGUCCAAGCCUCUCUACUGCCCUCCUACACUUCAGACUCUUUGUUGGAGCACGGAUCUACCACACAAUUGCGUAUUUGUUUGCCUUUCGCCAGCCAAACCGAGGUUUGGCUUUCUUUGUUGGAUAUGGAGUUACAUUUUCAAUGGCUUUUAGUUUGCUGAGAAAUAAAUUGUACUUGUAA